UCAAAAUGAGGUGGGGAAAUGUGCAUUGGGUAAUCACUUGCUAUGUAGCCAGAGAAGGCGAAGUCAAAUAUUGAUCAUUUUCCAGAGCUUAUUACUGAAGUUACCCCUCUGACAUCAAGAAUGGACAUAAGUUAACAAUGACGGGAGAAAAGAAGAAGAAAAAGCGGCUGAACCGCAGCGUUCUUCUGGCUAAGAAAAUUAUUAUAAAAGAUGGAGGCAGUCCCCAGGGGAUGGGUGAUCCCAGCGUCUAUCAUGCUGUGGUGGUGAUCUUCCUGGAGUUCUUUGCCUGGGGGCUUCUUACCACGCCCAUGCUAACGGUCUUACAUCAAACAUUCCCUCAACACACAUUCCUGAUGAAUGGGCUCAUUCACGGUGUCAAGGGUAUUUUGUCGUUCCUGAGUGCUCCUCUGAUUGGUGCGCUGUCAGAUGUAUGGGGUAGGAAGUCCUUCCUGUUGCUAACAGUCUUCUUCACCUGCGCCCCCAUCCCCCUCAUGAAGAUCAGCCCAUGGUGGUACUUUGCAGUCAUUUCCAUGUCUGGUGUGUUUGCCGUCACCUUCUCUGUGAUCUUUGCGUACGUGGCGGACAUCACGGCAGAACACGAGAGGAGCACAGCCUACGGUUUGGUGUCCGCUACCUUUGCAGCCAGCCUAGUGACGAGCCCGGCCAUUGGAGCGUACCUGUCGGAGACGUACGGUGACACCCUGGUAGUUAUCCUGGCUACGGCCAUUGCCCUACUGGACAUCAUUUUCAUCCUGGUGGUCGUCCCCGAAUCGUUGCCCGAGAAGAUGAGACCAGCCUCCUGGGGAGCACCCAUCUCCUGGGAGCAGGCUGACCCUUUCGCUUCUCUGCGGAAGGUGGGCCAGGAUUCCACGGUGCUUCUCAUCUGCAUCACAGUGUUCCUGUCUUACCUGCCUGAGGCCGGACAAUACUCCAGCUUCUUCCUCUAUCUCAGACAGGUACAAAGGUUCAGUUCAGAGACAGUAGCUGCCUUCAUAGCAGUGGUGGGCAUCCUCUCCAUUGUUGCUCAGACGAUGGUUCUGGGGAUUCUGAUGCGCUCCAUAGGGAAUAAGAACACUAUCCUACUGGGCCUAGGCUUCCAGAUACUACAGCUGGCCUGGUACGGCUUCGGAUCUCAACCAUGGAUGAUGUGGGCAGCAGGAGCGGUAGCAGCCAUGUCUAGCAUCACGUUCCCAGCAGUCAGUGCCAUCGUGUCCCGCAACGCAGACCCUGACCAGCAGGGUGUUGUCCAGGGGGUGAUAACAGGUAUCCGUGGUCUGUGUAACGGGCUCGGCCCGGCCUUCUAUGGCUUUAUAUUCUACCUGUUCCAUGUGGAGCUGACUGAUCUGGACGCUGUAGACAGCCCUGGGAAAGAACCCAAACCUAACAUGGCCAACCCUGCUGAUGAGAGUUCCAUCAUCCCCGGCCCUCCCUUCCUGUUUGGGGCGUGCUCCGUACUGCUGUCUCUGUUAGUAGCCCUGUUCAUCCCAGAGCACAGUGGCCCGGGUGUCCGGCCGGGAGGCUACAAGAAACACAACAACGGGGCCCAGAGCCACUCACACAGCCCUCCCAGUAGUGGGGCUGAGGGCAAGGAGCUGCUACUGGAUGGCAGCUGUGUAUAACACCAGCCUGGGGGCACAAACUUCACACUUGCUCCCCCUGAGCCCAAACAAUUGAACCAUUACUUUCACACAUGUUCCCAGAUGAGUGGCCUCUUCUUCGGGCAGGGAAGAUGCAUGUGUGUGUGUGUGUGUGUGUGUGAACACCUAGUGGGCUGUGGUUUAUCAGAAGCAGCUGAGUUGUGUGUGUGUGUGAGAGAGAGACUCUCUUGGUUGAGCUGAUCUCUGCCCUGAGUCUUGACAAGCAGGAAGAGGAUAAAGGAGGUGGGGAUGUAGAGUUCCUGCCAGAGGACUAUGCAUCACACCCAUAUGUCCCACAUGGGUGGGAUCUGGUUGGAGUGAAGGUCCAAGGUUAUCUGAACUGUUACUAAGCUCUGUGUGAUGUAUUUGUCCAAAAUGGCACCCUAGUCCCUAUAUAGUGCACUUCUUUUGACCAGGGCCCACUAGGGAAUAGGGUACCGUUUGUGAUGCAACCAAUGUAGCCAAGCAACCCACUCUGACAACAACUGUUCUUUCCCUUAGAGAUGGAGUCAACAACAUAGUCCAGUUUACAAGCUACCAAACUUCUGAUUUUAUUGUCUUAAUAUGGCAGAUGAGAAAGCAGGUCUUCCUCUGUGUGUCCAAAGCAGGGAGAGAAGUUACCGUAUGCCUCCAAAAUGACCCCUAUUCCCUUUAUAGUGCACUACUUUUGACCAGCCUCUGGUGCACAAUAAAGGGAAAGCGGGUGCAAUUUGGGAGGCAAACACUGUAGAACUUGAGGAGAGCCUCUGAAGAACCUCCAUCUAUGAACCACUACCCAUCCAGAUGGGGACAGCACAAUAGACAUCAACCUUUCAUGAUUUUUUUCCAGGGGGACUUGAACCUAACAUUUGACUGACCAACCUCCCAUUCCAUUGAACUGAGUUGUGUGUAAACCACUUUAGUUUUUCAAUGUUUACCUUCCUGUCGUCUGUUCCGUUAGAUUAGCAGAAAACGACCUUUUGGGCUGGAUAUGUUUCCUGUGUUCAUCACACACUUAAGGCUAGUUGUGUUCAAAGUUUUUAUUCCAGAGAAAUGUUGCCUUGGAAGUGACGUUAUCUUCAUAUUAAUAUAUUACAACAACCUGUAUGAAGACUGUUGUCUGACUGUCUGAGGUGGGUCUGUAAUCGUUGCUAUUGGAGCCUUGUUCUCUAAUUCUACUCCUCACAACCCUCUUCGAUGUGAAUCUAGGCACAACUGUAGUUAACACACAGACUGGCAUGACUUUAGUUCUGUUAACAACUGUAGUUAACACACAGACUGGCAUGACUUUAGUUCUGUUAACAACUGUAGUUAACACACAGACUGGCAUGACUUUAGUUCUGUUAACAACUGUAGUUAACACACAGUUAACACACAGACUGGCAUGACUUUAGUUCUGUUAACAACUGUAGUUAACACACAGACUGGCAUGACUUUAGUUCUGUUAACAACUGUAGUUAACACACAGACUGGCAUGACUUUAGUUCUGUUAACAACUGUAGUUAACACACAGACUGGCAUGACUUUAGUUCUGUUAACAACUGUAGUUAACACACAGACUGGCAUGACUUUAGUUCUGUUAACAACUGUAGUUAACACACAGACUGGCAUGACAUUAGUUCUGUUAACAACUGUAGUUAACACA